AUGGGUGAAACAACACCGACCAUGACAAUACCACCGACCGCGACAAUCAUAGAAACACGACGAACCAUCUCUGCAUACGAUCUGAGUGCCGCUGACAACCCUGGUGCGGUGAUUUCUCACCCACUCCUGAAAGGCACUAACUACGACGAAUGGGCAAUCGGUAUCAAAACCGCUUUAUGCUCUAGGAAGAAAUUUGGUUUCCUUGAUGGAUCCAUCCCUCGUCCAAGCGACGACUCUUCUGACCUUGAAGAUUGGUGGACUAUCAACGCCUUGCUGGUUUCAUGGCUGAAGAUGUCCAUCGAUCCAGUUUUGCGCUCCAACAUCUCUCAUCGAGAUGUGGCUCAAGACUUGUGGGAGAAUUUGAAAAAACGAUUCUCGGAGACAAAUGGUCCUCGGAUCCAGCAGCUGAAAACAGAGCUUGCUUGUUGCAAACAACGUGGCUUGGCGAUCGAGGCCUAUUUUGGCAAACUCAACAAGAUUUGGGACAGUUUGGCUGCCUAUCGUCCUCUAUGUUCUUGUACCUGCGGAAAGUGUGUCUGUGACGUGGGAGCCAAGCAGGAGCUUGAUCGAGAAGAAGACAAGGUUCAUCAAUUUCUCUACGGACUUGAUGAUACCUUGUUCCGCACUGUUCGCUCAAGCUUGGUGUCUCGACAACCCAUUCAGCCACUGGAGGAGGUUUACAACAUAGUGCGUCAAGAGGAAGAUAUGAGGAGACAAGGACAGAGCGACGACCAACAAGAAAUCACUGCCUUUGCCGCUCAGACCCGUUUUCCUCGGCGUGAUGAAAAAGACAAAGGAGUUCUGUGCAAACAUUGCAACAGAGGAGGACAUCCUUCGGAGAGCUGUUACGCACUGAUUGGUUAUCCCGAGUGGUGGGGAGAGCGACCUCGUUCUCGCUCAAUGCAAACUCGUGGACGUGGGAGUUCCUCUACGACAGGAGCGACGGGUCGUGGUCGUGGUACACCGUCGUUCGCCAAUGCUGUGCGAGUCAAUGCUUCUCCGACUCCAGAACGUGCUAAUCACGUUAUCACUGACCAGGACCGAGAUGGAGUUACGGGAUUGUCGGAUGAGCAGUGGCGUGCUUUGGUCGCUUUGUUGAACGGCGGCAAGAACACCACCACUGAAACCCUCACUGGUAUGAAUUCUCUUCCUUACUGGAUAUUGGAUACUGGUGCAUCGCACCAUAUCACGGGAAAUUUCGCAAUGCUGACAAAUGUUCGAGAUAUGGCUCCUGUGAUAGUCAUAUUAGCAGACGGACAUGAAAAGAUAUCUGUCAAAGAAGGGACAGUACAUCUCGGGUCUGGUCUGAUUUUGCAGUCGGUCUUUUAUGUUGAAGGGUUUCAAUCGGAUUUGAUUUCUCUUGGUCAGUUGAUGGAUGAGAAUCGGUGUGUGGUUCAAAUGGCUGAUCACUUCCUUGUUGUUCAGGACCGCACUUUGAGGAUGGUGAUUGGAGCGGGUAAGCGUGAGGGAGGGACCUUCCUUUUUCAUGGUGUGGAGACUGUGGCAGCGGUGACAACACGAACGGCUUACGACUUGUGGCAUAACCGUAUGGAUCAUCCGGCUCCGAAGAUAGUGGGUUUACUACCAGCUAUAUCUUUUUCUAUUUCUUCUGAAAUUUCGAAUAAAGCGUGUGAUGUCUGUCUCCGCGCAAAGCAAACACGAGCUUGUUUCCCAACUAGUUUGAAUAAAACAACUUCAAUCUUUCAGUUAGUACACUGUGAUCUUUGGGGUCCCUAUCGCACAUCAUCUCACUCUGGUGCUCGAUAUUUUUUGACCAUCGUCGAUGAUUUCUCAAGGGCAGUCUGGCUAUAUCUGCUCGUUGACAAGACAGAGGCACCUAUCCAAUUGAAAAACUUUAUCAAUUUGGUUGAGAGGCAAUUUGAGAAACAAGUGAAAACGAUUAGGAGUGACAAUGGUACCGAGUUUAUUUGCCUCUCAGAAUAUUUUCAAGGCAAAGGAAUUGUUCACGAAACCUCCUGUGUCGGAACACCUCAACAGAACGGUAGAGUUGAGAGGAAACACAGACACAUCCUUAACGUCGCACGAGCUCUCCGGUUUACCGCCAAUUUACCGAUUGAGUUUUGGGGAGAAUGUAUUAUCACCGCCGGUUACCUUAUAAACCGCACUCCGAAUCAACUACUGCAAGGAUCAACACCUUAUGAACGUCUACACAACUCCGCUCCACCAUACGAUCAUUUGCGAGUGUUUGGUAGCUUGUGUUAUGCACACAAUCAAGGUCAUAAAGGCGACAAGUUUGCUCCAAGAGGAAAACGGUGCAUCUUUGUUGGUUAUCCCCAUGGAAAGAAAGGCUGGAGGCUUUACGAUCUUGAGAAGAAAGCGUUCUUUGUUUCCAGAGAUGUGGUCUUCUGCGAAACUGAAUUUCCGUUUCUUACUCGUACAAAACAGAGGAACGAAGAAGAUGAUGACUUUGUGGGCUCUAACUUGUCGACUCCAAUUUUUUCUCCUAUAAUCAUUGAAGAACCUAUAGUUGGGCCCAUUUCCUCAGGCCCAGUCAUGGCCCAAACAGAAACACCUCCUUCUGAUCCUGAUACGUCACCGUCUCCCUCACCACCACCAACUCCGCCAUCUCCGACACAUACCACGUCUCCACCAGUCUCUCACACUACUGUCGACCCUCCCGACGAAAACCUGGAUGAUUCUGAUGACGUUGGCACCUCAACAGUGAUACCUGAAAAUCCACCUGAAAUUCUAGGUCGGGGACACCGCAGGAAGCAAGCGCCGGUGACCCUCCGAAAUUUUGUUACCAAUGCCGUCAACGUCGCUCUACUUCCCGGCGGAGGUACAUCGGCUACUUCUCUUUACCCCAUUUCCUCCUAUAUCACAUCAUCUCGAUUUGCUCCACGCCAUCAAGCUUAUCAAGUUGCAGUGAUAAAAAUGGUGGAGCCGAAGUCAUAUAGAUAUGCUGUGACUGAUUCGAAUUGGAGAAUUGCUAUGGGCUCUGAGAUUAAAGCAUUGGAGCUUAAUCAGACAUGGGAUCUGGUCGACUUACCUCCUGGAAAGAAAGCUCUUGGGUGUAAAUGGGUUUACAAAAUCAAACACAAAUCUGAUGGGAGUAUCGAACGGUAUAAAGCACGAUUAGUGGUGCUCGGAAAUCAUCAAAAAGAAGGAGAAAACUACGACGAAACCUUUGCUCCAGUUGCUAAGAUGGAUACGGUUCGAUUGUUCUUAGGCGUAGCUGCAGCAAAGGGAUGGGAUGUUCAACAGAUGGACGUCCAUAACGCCUUUCUCCAUGGUGAUCUCAACGAGGAGGUUUACAUGAAGUUGCCUCCAGGAUUCAAGACAGCAGAUCCAACAAAGGUGUGCAAACUUCGAAAAUCUCUUUACGGUCUCAAACAAGCACCGCGCUGCUGGUUCGCCAAACUGAGUACUGCUUUGAAAGAGUAUGGUUUUAAACAGUCUCUCUCUGAUUACUCACUUUUCACUUAUGAGCGACGAAGUGUCAAGGUGAAUUUGUUGGUUUAUGUUGAUGAUCUGAUUAUCUCAAGUAACACGGCAAAAUCUAUGAAGUUUUUCAAGGCCUACUUGUCAUCUUGCUUUCACAUGAAGGAUCUUGGUCAACUUAAGUACUUUUUGGGGAUUGAGGUGGCCAGAAACUCAACCGGCUUUUACUUGUGUCAACGCAAGUACACAUUGGACAUUAUCAAUGAGGUGGGGUUGCUUGAUGCUAAACCGUCGACAUUUCCGCUAGAACAGAAUCACAAGCUAGCUUUAUCCACCUCUCCAAUACUUAGUGAUCCCGAGCGUUACCGCAGAUUGAUUGGGCGUCUUAUCUACUUAGCGGUAACGCGUCCUGAACUCUCCUACUCUGUUCAUAUUAUGGCUCAGUUUAUGCAAGUGCCGCGACAAGCUCACUGGGAUGCGGCAUUACGCAUAGUUCGUUAUCUGAAACACAAUCCAGGACAAGGGAUUUUGUUGAAAAGCUGCUCAGAUUUAAAGAUUAGAGGAUGGUGUGACUCGGACUAUGCUGGUUGUCCUCUAUCAAGGAAGUCUCUUACUGGCUACUUUGUACAAUUUGGUGAUUCUCCAAUUGCUUGGAAAACCAAGAAACAGAAAACAGUGAGUCGGUCUUCUGCAGAAGCUGAGUACCGUGCAAUGGCUCAUCUCACCUCUCAGCUUAUCUGGAUGAAGAGAAUUCUUAUUACACUUGGAGUUCCUCAUCCCGAACCAAUGUCACUGUAUUGCGACAGUAAAGCGGCGAUCCACAUCGCUACUAAUCGAGUGUUCCAUGAAAGGACAAAACACAUUGAAGUUGACUGUCACUUUGUGCGUGAUGAGCUCCUAAAAGGUACCUUGCAAGCUACACAUGUCUCUACACAUUUACAAUUAGCUGACAUUUUGACAAAAGCGUUGGGUCGGCGAGAAUUUGUAGAAUUUCUUGGCAAGUUGGGCAUUAUGGACCUUCAUACUCCAACUUGA